AUGGCGCCUGCAGAGAAAGCAAUCAAGGAUGGGAAUUUGUUUGGAAUGAGGACCUUGCGAAAGAAACUAUCGCAACGUUUUGCCGGUAGGACUACACUGCCACCCAGCACAGAGUCCACACCGGCCAAAGCUACCAGGGUGCAAGCGAUCGAAUUCCACAAUGAAAAGACGGAAUUCGUUAUGGAGGUUGAUGAGAAUGGUGAGGAGGCAGUCCACCUAUAUGACGCCUUUAGUGUGAUGGAGCUUUAUGGAGCAGAAGAGGCAAUUCGGAAGUUCCGCUCCGAUAUCCUGCCCAACGGAGGGCUACAGCAAAAAGUUCGGCGAAUAGAGCCAGGUAAUGAGUUAACCUUGCGCUUAGUGGCCGGGAGUCAAGCGCCUAUCUUCCUGAAGAGGGGAGUUGACGGCAACCUUUUAAUAUCAAUAGAACCUGCAGCGUCUUGGACUCAGAAAGAUGAUCACGGAGACAAGAGCGCUAUAAUCCUAGAAUCUGCAAUUUCGACACCAUAA